UCUACAGUAAUUUUUCUGCGCUUUGACUUUUCCUGCUGCAGUGCAGAUGUUCGCGUUGCUACUCGUCCUCGCUGCUUCUGCUGCUUCUGCUGCUGCUGGAGCAGCAUCUAAGCUUUCUAAUGGCUCCAAUCUCUGCUUUCCAGCAAUGUUUGUGUUUGGAGAUUCGUACCUGGAUGUGGGCAACAAAGCCGCUCUGUAUCCGCAAGUGUUUCAGCAACCCAUCCCUCCAGUGAUCAUCAGCAACGAGCCUCCGUACGGGCAGACAUUCUUUGGCCACGCAACCGGACGCUUCUCCGACGGCCGGAUGAUCUCAGAUUUCUUGGCUGAAGCUCUUGGAUUUGAGGAUUUCCCUGGUGCUUACUUUCAGCCGCUCGCUUCCAGCUUCCGGUAUGGUGCGAACUUUGCUCUUGGUGGAGGAACGGCUAUCGAGCAUAGUUUCCACGAAUCUCGCAAUGUCACCACCGUAGUUCCUUACUCGCUGCUCGAUGAGCUCGGCUGGUUUCUGAGAUUUAAGAAGCUGGCUAGGCAGCAGAGACAACACAAGCUGGCAGUGACUGCGUUCUCCGAGGGACUCUACGUAAUAGGCGAGAUUGGAAGCAACGAUUACACAGUCGGGCUCUUUAAGGGAGGCAUGAGUCCUGAAGUACUGAACUGUACGCUGUUGCCACUUGUGAGAGGAUCCAUAAAGCAUUUCUUUGAGGAGUUGCAUGGAUCCGGGGCGAGAAACUUUCUGUUCAUUGGGAUGCCUCCGGCAGUGGAUAAUCCAGCCUACAGAUCGUUUGGAAGUUUUGUUAACAGGGAGAAGCUCUACAACCUGACUGCUGCGCACAAUGCCAUGCUGAGAAAACUGGUCAAAGAUCUGAAAGCCAAAUACACUGAUAGCUUUCUUGCAUUUGCGGAUUUCGAAGGAAUCCACAAAGACGUCAUGAACAAUCCUGGAAAACACGGAUUCACUGAUACGAGUUCAGCUUGCUGUGGCGCCGAGGGGCCCUUCAACUUCAACAUCAGCAUUGGAUGCGGGCAGCCAGGCUACACUUUGUGCACAACUCCGGCCCAGUUCGUUUUCUGGGAUUUCAGCCACUACACGGAAAAGUUUGCGCAGGUUGCGACCAACGCGUUUGUGUCUGGGAAGUAUUUGCAUCCGCCAGAUGCAUUCACUCGAAAAUGCGGUGGCAAGCUAAAAAAUCUCAUAUGA